UUUCCCGCCAAACCCUGUGACAUCUUUCUAGACAGCAGUUUAUUAGUUCCCGCAAGAGGGUUCUGGAAUAGAGCGCGCUACUAAAAGCGUUCUCUUUUUAUGUUUCGAAAUGUGCAUGUCCUUUGAUUUCCUGUUCUGAGUGAAGUUCUUCCCGUGUAGCCGUGAACAGAGGAAUUGUAGAUGCUUCUUUGAACAUUUUAUCUUUCAAUGAAUUAAAUGUUAUUGCAAUAACGAUUGUUUUCAGAGCUGCGAUGGCGCCGAAACGUAAUAAUAUGAUCCCUAAUGGGCACUUUCAUAAAGAUUGGCAACGUUUUGUGAAAACUUGGUUCAAUCAACCUGCGCGAAAAUUCAGACGUAGGCAAAACAGAAUUAAGAAAGCCAAACGAGUUGCUCCGCGACCAGCUGCUGGGCCUCUGCGCCCUAUUGUUCGGUGCCCAACUUUCAGGUACCACACGAAGAUACGCGCUGGCCGAGGAUUUACAUUGGAUGAAGUGAAGCGAGCCGGCUUGAAUGUAGCUUUUGCACGAUCAGUUGGAAUCGCAGUUGAUCCUCGUAGGAGGAGCAAGUCCAUGGAGACACUGCAGCAGAAUGUGCGACGGCUGAAGGAAUACAGAUCAAAACUUAUCUUGUUCCCGCGUCAUGAGAACAAGAAACUCAAGAAGGGUGAAGCAACGGAAGAAGAGAGGAAGGUGGCUGUACAGCUGAAGACAACUGUGAUGCCCAUCACCCAGCCAAUUGUGCCAUUCAAGGCACGCAAAAUCCUGGACAGUGAGAAGAAGUUCAAUGCCUUCAAGACACUGAGCAAGGCGAGAGAAGAUGCCCGAAUGGUUGGAAUUCGUGCCAAGAAGGCAAAAGAAGCAGCGGAUAAUGAAGAUGUAGCAAAGAGCAAAGAGGGCAAGAAGGCCAAGAAGUGAAAAUAAUUGGAGUAUAAAUAAAGCUUUUUGGUUUCAUGAGAAGCAUUUUCUUUAAAAAUCCUCUAUAUUGACCUGAUCUAACCAUUCAAAUAUAGAUGUAACAGUUGUAAUUUGUAUGAGAGAUAAAACCGCAUAUGCUUGAUUUCACAGUAUCGGUGGAUACACAUAUUCCUUAUGCAUCUGAAGUGUGCCAUACCUUGUUGCAUAAGCUACCCACAGGUCUUGGUUGAGGCUCAGAAGUAUGGUUAUCGUUUAUUGUCAGCAGAACAUGGUCUAUGCAGUUAGCCAGUUGUGUAUGUUCUUCCUUCAUACUAUGUAUGUGUUCGAGGAGCACCACAAUUUGUUGCAAAGAUGGUAAAGAGUGAACUCAAAAUGAGUUACGUGUUAAUUAGCAUUAUACAUAUGGUGAAAAAAGGCAUGCUGGCACUAAAAUUUGCAUUUUUGUUUGCAAAUUCAAUUAUUUAUAAAUUUUUAUUAAUGACUUAAUUGGCCCAUUUUGCAAGAGUUAGAGCUGCAAUAGCUCAUAGUUUCUUAUAUCAAUAAUGGUUAUUGCAACUUUCCACUAGUCAUUUGAAAAAUUAGUAAUCUGGCCACAAAAAUUUUCAAAUAAAAUGGCUUUUGCUAUUGAUGGAUGGUAUUGUGGUCUGUACGUACAGAACAUUCAAAGAAAAUUCUCAGUCAUACUGGAUUUUGUAAGAGAGAAAUGCAUGAAGCUGGAUGGCUUAAAGUAUAUUUGUAAUGUUUGUGUGAACUGAUUUCAACAAAAAACUAUUAUAAAAUAUAGUUCAGAAAAUAUUCUUUAAAACCUUUUGACAGACUUGAAUGCACCAUGACCCAUAAAUGUUUAAGGAAUAGUCUUUAAAUUAAUCUUUUAUGUGAAGUUAAAUUUCAUAAUGGGAAACUAAGUCAUCUUCAACUUCGUAAAUAUCAAAAGCUAAAUAGUGCCCCUCGUGAGGGAUGCUGUGGCAUGUAGUGUCUGUCACACCGUAUAAAAAAAUGUGCCUCUGGCUUCAUUGACUACCAAAUAACACUGGACCUGGAGCGAUACGAGUAUCUACCACCUGCACACGCUUUUCACAAGAUUGAUGAUCCCAAGUACACGAGAAAGUAAAAAGUAGAUUUAUAGUAAGCCAAAUCAAACUCGAAACCAGAUAAGGAUAAUUAUAAAUUUAUUGAUAUAUACUACUUUGUUUUGUGC